AAAGCAAAAUAAAUAAAAAUUCUAAAAAAAGAAGAUGAAAAAGAUAGAAAAUAGUGAUCAUCUGCUUCUCUACCUCUUUUCUUGAAGGUCCAAAGCCUCUCGCCUUCUGCAAAACAAAAGGCUUCUCAGUCUCUCCUUCACUCUCUGGCUUUGCGGUUGCGUACCUAAUGAUAGUCUGAGCUUCUAUCACAGCCGUUGGAUUAAGCGACUUUCGUAACUAUGACCUCUAUCACCUCCGUUGAAUUGAAUUACCUCGUCUUUCGUUACCUUCAAGAGUCAGGUUUUAUGCAUUCAGCAUUUACUUUAGGAUAUGAGGCAGGCAUUAAUAAGUGUACCAUUGAUGGGAAUUUGAUUCCUCCUGGGGCUCUUAUUACAUUUGUUCAAAAAGGACUUCAGUACUUGGAGAUGGAAGCCAACUUGAGUAAUAAUGAUGUAGAAAUGGAUGAAGAUUUCUCAUUCUUGCAACCUUUGGAUAUAAUAACGAAGGAUGUAAAUCAAUUGCGGCAAAUGAUAAAAGAGAAAAGGAAGAAUAUCCAAAAGGAUAGAGACAAAGAUAAAGAUAAAGGUAAAGAUAAAGAUAAAGAUAAAGAUAAAGAUAAAGAUAAAGAUAAAGAUGAAGAUGAAGAUGAAGAUGAAGAUAAAGAUAAAGAUAAAGAGGCUGACCAGGAGCAUGAAGGAGAGCGUGGACGAGUAAGAGAGAAAGAAAGACACGAAAGGGAGAAGGAAAGGGAGAAGGAACGUGAAAAGGAAACGGAGAAGGCUGAAAUCAAUAAGGAACGAGAAAAGCAACCAGAGGAACUUGCUGAUAGAGAUAUGGUUGUGGAUCAAGAAGACAAGGAUGCUGUCAAGCGUGAAGAAAAUGGAAUUUCUGUAGUAGGUCCAGAACCUAUGGAUAUUGCUACUACAUCGACCCUAGCAACUCAGGAGGCUUGUGAAAUUCCUAAUUCUGAUGUUACAGUUUUGGAAGGGCACACUUCUGAGGUUUGUGCAUGUGCAUGGAGUCCAACUGGUUCACUUCUUGCAUCAGGGUCUGGAGAUUCAACAGCUCGUAUUUGGACAAUAGCUAAUGGGCUUUGCAAAUCUGGUGCACAAAACAGUCCAUUAAAUGUUCUAGUGCUGAAGCAUGUAAAAGGAAGAACCAAUGAGAAGAGCAAAGAUGUGACAACACUCGAUUGGAAUGGUGAGGGGACAUUGCUUGCAACAGGUUCAUAUGAUGGCCAAGCGAGAAUUUGGACUACAAAUGGUGAACUAAGGACUACCUUGAGUAAGCACAAAGGACCUAUAUUUUCUCUGAAGUGGAACAAGAAGGGUGAUUAUCUUCUUACGGGAAGCUGUGAUAAAACGGCAAUUGUGUGGGAUGUCAAGGCUGAGGAAUGGAAACAGCAGUUUGAUUUUCACACAGGUCCAACCCUUGAUGUUGAUUGGUGCAACAAUGUUUCAUUUGCAACAAGCUCCACAGACCAUAUGAUAUAUGUUUGCAAGAUUGGAGAAAUCCACCCUAUUAAAACCUUUGCGGGGCAUAAGGGUGAAGUGAAUUGUGUCAAAUGGGAUCCGACUGGUUUAUUAUUGGCCUCUUGUUCUGAUGAUAUUACUGCAAAGAUAUGGUGUCUGAAGCAGGAUAAGUAUGUUCAUGAUCUGAGGGAGCAUUCUAAGGAGAUAUAUGCCAUCAGAUGGAGUCCUACUGGGCCUGGGACAAACAAUCCUAACCAGCCAUUAAUUCUUGCAAGUGCAUCAUUUGACUCCACGGUGAAGCUGUGGGAUGUGGAACUAGGGAAACUUCUCUAUAGCUUGAAUGGACACGGGGACCCUGUAUACUCUGUUGCAUUUAGCCCAAAUGGAGAAUAUCUUGCCAGUGGGUCUCUCGAUAAAUCCAUGCAUAUCUGGUCCUUGAAGGAAGGGAAAAUUGUAAAGACAUAUACCGGCAAAGGGGGUAUAUUUGAAGUCUGUUGGAACAAGGAAGGUGACAAGAUUGCUGCUUGUUUUGCAAACAAUACGCUAUGCGUCCUAGACUUCAGAAUGUAACAACCUGGAAAAGUCUCUCUAUUUCAUGAAUUGAAGCUACUUUUGAAUGAAGAAGGGAAAACUGUAACUAGGGUAGAUUUUACAUUUUCUUGGAUUAGGCCAUUAGUAACGAAAUUUUGUAUUUAUUGGUAGUUGUAAUUGUGAACUAGGAGCCUGCUUCCGGACGUAACCAAUGAUGUACAGAAUUGUUUUCCGCUGAAAUCAUUGAUCUGUAAUAGAAAAGAAUCCUCAAUCUGCAACUUCGUCAA